AGACCCCCAAAAGAGGUUGCAGAUUCUUGGUGGACAACUUUCGUAUCCCCUCCAGGGAACAUGGUGAAAAAUGUCUUCAGAAAAAUAGCUUUAUGAAGGCAAGAGGACUUUUUGCACCUGCAAGACAUGUCUGAAAGCUCCUCAGGUCAAAACACAAGUAACAAGUAGUCAAGAGAUUUGUCCAUCUAAUUCAUCAUACUACUCUUCUCCAAGUGAGACCCACACUGGGUCAGCUCCAUCAAGGAAAAGAACAUUCCACCCACGUUUGAAUUCUGGAAUGUCAUCCUUGCUUCCAUCAGAUUCUUGUAAGUACCUCACUUGGAACAAGGUAGAACAACAUGACAUUCAAGGAAGUCAACUGCGUUGCCCAAGAGUAAGAGAAGGACCCUCUGAAGAAGAGCAACUUUUCAGACAGGUAGAAUGUACCUUGCCCCCAAGGAAAAGAGUUCUUGAAAAAAACAAAUGGGAAACAUGGCUACAAGAAAACUGGGAAGACUGCCGGAUUUUGAACAUUUCAUUUCAGGAUUUGGGGGAUCCUUACCAAGUUGAAAAUUUUAACAGAAUUCUUAGAAGACUAAUUCGAGUUGAAACCCUCUGGUUAGUGGAUAAUUCACUGGUGGACUUAAGUGCCAUAAGAUUGCCAAGGCAAAAACAUGCUCACUGACAAGAAAAUCAUGGGUUUUAUACAAGAAUAGCAAGUGCUGGGUUGCUUAGCUAUGAGGAAGACUAGGCUCACUGCAUACCAGAAGAUGUCCAGUGUUGGAGAAUGCAGGGAUUUUUAUCAGCAAUCAAACUAUAUUUGUGGAAAUUUUGUGCAUAGGUGCCAAAGAUGGCUGACUUCUGACCACAUUCUAUUUAACUCAACUGAAUGACACCAAGCUCUCAUUCUGAAACUUAUAGUUACAUCCACCCUUCUGAAAUAUUCAAUUAUUCUCCAAUACACUGGAGGUAAUAGGUAUAACAAGAAUGUGCAUGUGCAACUUAGCAUCUCAUAUCUAAUUUUGUGUCCCAAGUUCAUUCUUCCCUUGAAUGUCCCACGUCUACCAGGUGCAGGAUUAUCUGGAUGGGUCAGUUCAAAACAAUUUCAGGGAAUAAAUUGUGUAGGGGAUACAAUUUUCUGAGACAGAAACAUAAUGCGAAUAACUCCUUUGUUAGAAAAUAAUUUCAGUGACAGAAAGCCUUUCAGUUCAUAAAGAAAACUUAUAUAACAACAAGUCUAGCUCUUCACCAGUCCCGAUCAGCUCUACAAUAUCCAGUAAAGGACUUUCCAGUUCGCCUUUGAAUAAAUUGAGGUAUUGGAAACAUCUUAAGAAAAUGGUUGUUAAUUCUUCCUAAUCUUCAGGGAUUUCUUCCUUAUAUUGCGCUGAUAUCUGCCUUCUGCAACUUUCAACUAAUUAUUCAAAUCUCUCAGGUAAUUAUAAUUAAUUCCAUCUUAUAAGGAAUUUUUCUCAGCUUCCGGCUCUUGAAAACACCCUGAUAUUUUCUCUAAUAUUCCAGUGGAAAUGUAAACGGGUAACGUAAGAGUCUGUGGGGUUAGUAGGGUGGAGGAAAGGUAAGGGAAAGCUAAUGAGAAAUAACCAAAGCAAGAAAAAGAAUUUUAUUUUCUUCAAGUUCUUUAUACAUCCAAAGUGGAAGAUUCCUAAAAUAAAUUCCCUAAAUCAAAUUUUUAAAAUUAAGUUAGCAAGCUUACUUUUUAAUUUAUUUAGAAGCCAACUACUUUCAAUUAUUAUUUCUUUCCAGAAUAGAACAAUUAUCACUAAUUGUUUGUCAUUAUAAUACCAAACUAUGUUAAUAGAUGCCUAUUUUUUAAAGGCUAAUAGAAAUCAUGAAACCAAAUAUCUAAUUAGUUUUAGAGCUUUGGAGCAGAUACAUCAAUAUUUGAACCAUUCAGGUGUAUAUUUGUUUAUCUGCAUUUUUUCCUCUUCAAAAGAAGUAUUAUAUGCGUUCUGUUUAUAAUUUUUAAAUGGUCAUUUCAAAACAGAUUAUAUGAGUUUAUACAAAUCAUAGUGAAAUUUAUUGCUUAAAAAAUCAUUUUUCUCUGAACUCUCAGCGUCCUUGAGCUAUAUAUAUUUUAUGGCAAUUUUUACUUAAUCGUUUGUAUGCUAGUUAUUUUUGACAAUGACUACUAAAAUGCAAGUUUCUUCAAAGGCAGAUUCAUUUUAGUUCUUCUUUAUACCCCUCAAAAAACUCAGUGUUGUUCUCAAUGAGUAUUGAGUAGAUGAGUGAACUCUGAGUGCAUACUCCUUGAAAUUAUAUUUCUGGAGCUAGAAAACUUUUUAAAAAAUGUACAUCAUGGGUCUAAAGAAAUAAAUGCUAUAUGGCUGAAAAAAUAUUUUGUGAAAA